UGUUAUCUUUGAAGUCUAAUUAAUUGCAAUAAAUCAAAAAGUCUUUUGGUAGAUAUCAACAAUUCUUUCUGACCUAUUGACAUAUUCAAAAUAUAAAUUCUUGCCAAGCCGAAUAUGAUUCAGUUUUUUGGAACUCCUUCAACUAACAAAAUGAUCGUCAAAACAUUCCUGCUUUUCAUUUCAUUCAUCUGGUGCGCUCAGUGCCAGGAUGACACCACACCAGUUACUCUGCAUGCCUGCAUGAAGAACAUCGUUAUCGAAGACUAUGAUGGCGAUUUGGAAGCUAAGACCAUGGAGCUUUUCGAAAACGCCGAAACCAUUUCCUUCCGAAGUUGUAAUUUCACCAGUUUCAACGAAAACUUUCUGCAUCCCAUGAAGAACCUCAAAAAGUUAGUUUUGGCGCACUCACGCAUAGAAAAUGUCAAACCAGAUACCUCAUCCUGCUGUGCCCAACUCAAAACAAUUGAGUUGAUUGAAAGUAACUUCAACACCAUCAACGAAGUGGAUUUUAAGAAGGUGGCCCAAAUGCCUUCGAUGGAGAGGUUCUAUAUGCUCAGGAUCGACAUUCCUACUCUACCCGCCAACACAAUGGUAGGAUCGAAGUUGAAGAUUUUGGAAAUCCUGUACAGUAACCUUGCCACUAUCGAAGAUGGUGCUUUCAACGGUAUGGAAAAAUUGGAGGUUUUGAAUCUGCAGAAAAACAAGAUAAAGGUCUUUCCAACCGGUAGUCUGUCAUCGCUGAAGAAUUUGAAGGAAUUGAAUAUGGCAGGUAAUCUCAUUGAAAAGAUGGAGACUAAAGAUAUCCCAUCUUUGCCAAACUUGGAGAAAUUGAACUUGGGACACAAUCCCAUCAAGAAUAUCAAUUUGGGUGGGCUCAAGGAAAAGUUACCCAAACUGAAAGAAGUCGAUGUUUCUGGUAUCGACAUCGAUCUUUCUAAACAUGAAGGAGUUCCACUAGUUAAGAAGGCUGUAGCUUAGUUUGUUCAAUAUAAGUUAAAUUGAAAUAAAAUUAUUCAUCUUA